AUGUUCAAUGAUUUCAAUCAGUUAGUUGAACCUUACUGGGACUAUUCUAAAGAACACGGUCCUCAUCAAUGGUCAAAGUAUUGGAAUUUUACAAAAAGACAGUCUCCAAUCAAUUUAAACUCAAAAUUAAUUCAAUAUGAUUCCACUCUAAAGACGCUGCAUUUUGAUAAGAAAAAAAUUAAUCUUGAAGUAAAAAACAUUGGUAAAAAUAUUUCUUUCUCUGCCGUAAAUGAUGCUGAAAUCAUAUUUUCAGGAGGCUCUUUAAAAAAUCGAUAUGCAUUUCGAGAAAUGCAUUUUCAUUGGGGCGAAGUCCUUCAUGGAAAAUGUUGUCACGGCUGUGAACAUACUAUAGAUGGCAACAGUUAUUCAGCUGAAAUGCAUAUUGUUCAUUGGAAUGUAGAUUUAUAUAAAACUGAGUUAGAAGCUUUGAAAAGCCCUAAUGGUGUUGCCGUGUUAGGAUUAUUUAUAGAUGCUAAGGCGAUUAACAAACAAAACGAAUCUUUUGAAUUGGUUAUCAAUAUGUUUAAUAAAGUUCCAUAUAUGAACUAUAAAACCAAGUUAGAAGUUUCUCCUUAUUUUUUGGUUCCGAUUUGUACGGAGAAUUUUUACACAUACCCUGGCUCAUUAACUACUCCCCCUCUUACUGAAAAUGUUACGUGGAUAUUACUUGCUGAGCCAAUCAAGAUUUCUAUAGAUCAGCUUAAAAGAAUGACAACGUGCACCUCUGAUUGUGGAUAUAUUACCAACAACUAUCGUCCAAUUCAACCGUUAAACGACCGUGUAGUUCGUUCGUCGUUUUGUUUACACCCUGAGAGCCGCAAUUAAACCAUCUCCUAACAGUUGUCGUGAAAAACUCAUAGAAAACUAUAUUUUUUAAAUUGAAAAUAAACGACAAGCAAGUUUUCAUCACUUCAUUUUUA